CUCGGAGUCCAUGGCUCAGGCGGCCGGGCUGGCAAACAGGAGGUGCCAGGAAGGAAGGAGGCUGCAUUGAGCCAUGGAUUCAACACAGGCUGCAGGGCCCAGGCACACGUCCUGGCAUACUCAUGCAGCGACAAGGCGGCCAGAGCAUCAGAAAAGGUCGAGCUGGGCGCCAUUAUGCAGACAGAAUGAACGUUGAUGUCAAAUUUUGCGUUGGUGGUGCCAGCUACUCAUGCAAAUGCAGGUUAUCUGGUCGCGUAUACCUAACGUUUUAGUUUCCACCCUCUUUCCGCAAAACUCAACCUUCGAUUUCCUGCUUCAAGUUGAUCAACAACUCUCUUCAAGGAUUAGGUGCAUUGUUCCUGAGGUGAUUUCUUGCAUUAGGCUUUCGAUCUUCUCCAAGAGCAGCAGCAGGUCCAAAGAUAAGACUCCUGCAGCAGCCUCAUCUGCAGCUGAACACGCCUCUCGGAGCAUCCACGGCCUAGUUACUAGUCACCCACAGCAAAGUGCUCGACUGCAUCAGUAAUCAAGACUGUCGUUUUCUGCACCAAAAUGGCUGAACCCGCAUUGAGGCCCCUUCCUGACUACAGCAACUUGCUGUCUGUAAAAGACAAUGUGAUCCUGGUGACUGGAGCGUCUUCCGGCCUGGGGGCUUCAUUCUCAAGAUUCCUUGCCAAUCAGGGAGCCAAAGUUGUGUUGGCAGCCAGGAGACUGGACAAGCUGGAAGCACUUGUGGCGGAUAUCAAGGCAGCCGGUGGAGAAGCUGCGGCAGUGCAACUAGACGUGGGUGCCGGUCAGGAGAAGGUCGUGGCGGGCGUUGAUGAAGCAAUCGCUGCGUUUGGUCAUAUCGAUGUGUUGGUAAACAACGCGGGUAUUUAUGAGGGCGGAGCUUUCCCCAACGACACGCAGGCCACGUUCGACCGCUCCUUCGGUGUCAACGUUGGGGGACUUUUGUUCACGGCUCAAGCCGUGGCGAAGCACAUGAUUAGCAAAGGAAUCAAGGGCCGAAUCAUCAACAACUCGUCGAACAUGGCGUUUGAGGGUUUGGUCAUGAAGGGGUCGGAGAUCUACUCGGCGACAAAAGCGGCGGUCGUUCAGAUGACCAGAGUGAUGGCGGUCGACCUCGCCCCCAAGGGCAUCACAGUCAACUCGAUCGCGCCCGGCGUCCAUCCCGGCACAGGGAUGACCGGGCCGGUUGCAGAGCACACCAAGCAGGCGGUCAAGGCAAUCCCCGAUGGCAGGUGGGGCGACCCUGACGCGACGGACCUGAUGGGCACUCUCCUGUUGCUUGCGAGCGAGCGCGGGGCGCGGCACAUGGUGGGUGCGAUCAUCCCCAUCGACGGCGGACAUCACCUGUACACCAUGGACAUGUUUAAUCCGACCGGCAUCUUCCAGUGAGGAGUGCAAGGGCGAAUAUUGAUCACAACGAAGCGCUUGUGGAAUUUUCCACGGAAAGACGUGCGCGUUGAAAUAAGGUCUAGUGCAGGAAUGAAAGGCGCACGUGCAGGAUUUGGAGCUUGCACGAGUUUUUGAAAUUCAAGGAAUGAACUUGGUGGGCUGUAUAGGGAGUGCGUACAACGGAUUUGUACUGUAGUGUGAGAAAAUUUCCGCAUGCAUGACAAUUAAUGUGACAAUUAAAUGUAACCUUGGAGGAGCCUUGGACUCAGCCGCCUUGGACCUUACAAGCUGCUAGCUUACAAAAGAGCUAUGCUCAGGACAAGUGAGGGUAUAUAUUGAUGACUGGGUUAACUACUACUGGUCUUGCAUAGUGCACUAGGCGGGCAGCAGUGUGCCAUGCAAAUUGUCGACGCAUCGUGGAAGCAAGCCCCCCGGCAGCUCUGGUG